UACCUGACGUCUCUUAUAUACCUACGCAACUUGAACGAGAUCUCCGAAGUGCAUUUGAAAUUGCCGCCGAAAUACGGACGUCUGUAGUUCCCGCUCGGAACGACAGAUGGCGCUGCCGGACGCGGCGCCGAAUUCAGCAACAUUGCGAUUGUCAUGAGCGGGCCGUCUGUCAAUGGCUAGGACCGUCGUACGAAACAUGGCGUCCGUGAGGUUAUUGCUAUGAGCGCUGCUCCGUUUUCCAGCGUUAAAUGUGGCAUCGGACAUACGCGAGUUGUGGGCUGACGCGAAGCGUCGCGUCCACGGGGCCUCGGAGCGCGUCAGCUUGAAUCCCACCUGAAUCAGCUGUUCGCUCGACAGAAGCGAUCUGGAACGACCGAGGAACACAGCAGCCCGUCAACACAGAGUGGGCUUGUGGGUAUACACACCCCAACGCGAGAUCUGUCUGUGAGAGCGAUUUCGCUGCACGUUUCGCGCAUCGCGUACCUCGAGUCUCUGCGUCUCGUCGUCGAGUUGACCCGAACGCGAGGUACCCGUACUCCCCUGAUGAGACGUACGGGGGCCCCCCUGCGUCGCCCCCCCGUGCAUCGCUGUUCGCGGACACGCGCCUGAAAAUGCCGGUCUCGGUGACGGGAUUGUUUUUGUGCGCGGGGUGCUUCUAAGCGGAUCUUUUCUAAUAUAAUAUCGUGUAAUAUUGUCGUUUUUUCCGAUGGAAAGUGACGCGGUGGAGACGAUAACGACACGAUUUCGCGCUCGCCGUUGCAUUAUCCGCGGUAGAUGGGUGGAUUCGGGGUGUUGUGAACUCGAUGUGAACGCGAGCGACACAGUGUGUUCCGCAGCAUCCGGAACCGCGGAUUGUUGCCGGAGAUGCGUCUCGCGACAGAACGAUAACGUUUCGCGGUUGUUGUAAAUCGUACCCUCGUUUACUUGCUAGUGGUGAUAAGACAAGUAGAAUAAACGGGAAAUAGAAAGAAAAACAAUAAGUAACCACAUAUUUUGUAUCCCUGUGAAUGAGGAUAGUACGGGUAUCCUCACGUGCGAUUAGAGAGAGGGAAAGAGGGUGUGAUUUACGCUACAGAAGAGAGGAGCAAGGAGAGUGUCGAGCCAUAUGCCGCCAGCCGGGCUAUCGGCGAGAGGCUUGUCUACCUUGAUGGACCACGGACAACCGGACGCUCGUCAUCGGAGCGAGCGUUUCCUACUCUAUCCAGAGAAUGGCUCCUCACAUCCUCAUAGUCCCAAUACGGCUAAUUCGUCGCCGCGAUAUCAGCACAAUAGCAGAACCAAUAAUCAUACCACUAGUUACGGAUACAUAUAUGGACGUACAUCCAAUAACAAUAUGUCGGAUAGCAGUGUUUCUGAUACACAUAGUGGUGGAACUGCAAGAACUGUCUCUCAACAGACUAGUCCCUCUCACGGUACACAUUCCUCUUCUCAGUCGCGACAGGACAACAGUACCAUUAUCUUCACAGCCCUUUUUGAUUAUGUUGCUCAGGGUGAAGACGAGUUAUCCUUGCAGAGGGGGGAAACUGUCGAGGUUUUGUCUAAAGAUGCAAAAAUCUCAGGUGAUGAGGGAUGGUGGACUGGAAAAAUUCGUGGAAAAGUUGGAAUUUUUCCAGCCAAUUUUGUUGCAGAGUCGGAAAGUAUCGAUCAAGUUUCAUCGGUGAUUGAUAAAGUUCAACCUAUUGAAAUUGAUUUUGAGGAGUUGCAACUGGAAGAAGUUAUAGGAGUUGGAGGAUUUGGAAAAGUAUAUAGGGGUUUUUGGAAGAAACGCGAGGUAGCUGUGAAAGCUGCGCGUCAAGAUGCAGGUGAAGAGCCCAGUGUAACAUUAGAAAAUGUACGGCAGGAAGCAAAGUUAUUUUGGUUGUUAAAACAUGAAAAUAUUGUGCAAUUGGAAGGAGUGUGCUUAAAGAUGCCUAAUAUGUGUCUUGUGAUGGAAUAUGCUCGUGGUGGCAGUCUUAAUAGAGUUCUUAGUGGCAGAAAAAUAAGACCCAAUGUAUUAGUCGAUUGGGCGAUACAGAUUGCUAGAGGCAUGGAUUAUCUUCACAACAAGGCUCCCAUAAGUCUUAUUCACAGAGAUCUAAAAAGUUCAAACGUGUUAUUGAGUGAGCCAAUUGAAAACGAUGAUUUCCAAUACAAAACUUUGAAGAUCACAGACUUUGGAUUGGCGAGGGAAGUUUAUAAAACGACUCGUAUGUCCGCGGCUGGCACAUAUGCUUGGAUGGCACCAGAAGUUAUUAAGAAGAGUACUUUUAGUAAAGCUAGUGAUGUAUGGAGCUAUGGCGUGCUGCUGUGGGAACUUUUGACAGGAGAAACACCAUACAAAGGCAUCGAUGCUCUAGCUGUAGCAUAUGGUGUCGCCGUCAAUAAAUUGACUUUACCUAUACCAUCUACUUGUCCUCAACCCUGGAGGGUCCUCAUGGAAGAAUGUUGGGCAUCGGACAGUCAUGCUCGUCCUGGAUUCGCGAAUAUUUUAAUAGCUUUGGAUGAAGUGUGCAAUGCAUUUGCGGCAACACCACACGAAUCUUUUCACACGAUGCAAGAAGAUUGGAGGCUAGAAAUCGAGGAAGUUCUACAUGGAUUGCGCAUGAAGGAAAAGGAGCUGCGCUGUAGAGAAGAGGAACUCACAAAGGCACAAGUGCAACAGAGACAGCAUGAGGAAAACUUGAGGAUGCGGGAACAAGAAUUGGCCGCGCGUGAGAUAGAUCUCUUGGAACGAGAACUUACUGUAAUGAUCAUACAACACACGCAAAGCACAACGCCUACACCAAACAAGAGACGCGGCAAAUUUAAGAAGUCGCGAUUAAGAUUAAAUAAGAAAGAACCUGGGAGCAACAUUAGUGCACCAUCGGAUUUUCGUCACACGAUCACCGUUCAGCACACAGCCUUAGAUCGAGGAAAAGUGAGGAACCCAUCGAGACCUAACAGUCCACCAGGCUCGCCCAGCAUUCCGAGACUCAGAGCGAUCGCAUUACCGGCGGAUGGAGUUAAGGGUAAGACUUGGGGACCGUCGACGCUACAUCAACGUGAACGCGGAGCUAUUAUCACCCAGCCGCCGAAUCCCGCCUCCCCUGGCGGAAAACGCUGGUCCCGUUCCGCGCCAGAUCUCGAAAAGACACCGCUGCGUACAGCCCUGUUGGCGAACGCGCAUCGCUCCCCGCUUCUGCAGGAAAUAGGCCUCUCUGAGGAAAGCAUCUACCAUACUCAUUAUACAGUACCGCCCGAUCUGUCGACUGAUUGGAUAACAUCGGAUCAUCCUCUGAAGCCCGGACUAACCGGACCGUACAUCAUGCCGAUGCCAGUACCGAUGCCAACCCUCUACAAUGGCGAGGCGAAGAAGUCGAGGCCAAGUAUAGUUGAGUUGGUUCUGUACGACAUCGCGGCGAUGCUUGCUGGUGUGGCCGCUGGCUAUGACGUGAGGAUGUCGAACGUAUCUCCGAUUCAUCCGCGACUGUAUCCCAGAUUGGGCGGCGAAUGCGACGGCGAAGAUCAAUCCAAGUGGUGGUUUAUGGCAGACAGUGGAUCGAAUCGCAACUCCUACCUCGGUGCCGAUUACGAGUUCAGUUCGAGCAGCGGCUAUCUGCACAAUACUUAUCAUGGACGGGCACACCAUUAUAGGCCGUUCCUAAGCAACAUGGGUGGCAUAGCGCCUGGUCUUCCAUCCUCGGCGAUGCCGGCGGAUAAGCCUCUGCGUUUCACGGACUCGCCGCAGCAUUACACAAGUAGUAUAACAGGCUCCAACGCUCCAACACCAAGCCCAAGAAGAAAAAGCAGCGGCAGUACCAGCAACGAGGAAGCAUAUUCGCACGAUGCAGCCCGUAGCGACCCUCGGAUGGAGAGAAUGCCGACGAUAUACAUGGGCAAUGUCGCCCCAUUCCCGGAUUAUGGGCCGCCGGUGUACUCCGUUGUUCCACCGGAUUAUUAUCGGUCUUCUGAACCAUAUUUUGCAUCUACAGAGUAUCACGACCGAAUGCUCGAAUGCUCCGAAUUCCCACACGCGUAUGACAAUCCGAGUAGCAUGAAUAGUCUGGCAAGACCCGUGUCGUCUAGACUUCUGCCUUACACGCAUCACCGCACCUCAUCGAACGUCUCCAAUGCGAGCACGUCAAGCCAAAGUAAUGUUAAUCCAACGUUCCGACUGGAAGACGAGGACGAUUACGGUGUGUAUUCGCCUGCAUCGUAUUAUCAGCGACCGUCGAAUGUUAUUUCUAGCUUGGUGUCGACAUACGGCUCCAGUAUACUCAAUCAUGAGUACGGGUCGCCAUUGCUGACCCGUCAGAACUCGCAUUCCGAUUCAAAUUCGAAUUCAGGCGAGCGACCGAGCAAUCUGGAAGUAGUUACGCGGCUGCGCUCGAGUCUGAAGCGAUCCAGUUACAGCAGCAAUCCAUACAGCUCGCCAAGUAAAAGUGUGAGCAAAAACAAUUCCGGCUCAGGAACACCGACGAAUCCGACACCGCCGGACUCGCUCACGUCCGAAGACUCGAGCUAUGUCUCUGCCAAGGACAGUCAAAUCUCUAUCAGUCGCGUACGCUUUUCGCCGGUGACAUUCGAUCGCGAUGUUGCAUCGGCGCGCGACAUUCACGUAAGAGACACAUUGCUAGACAUUCCAGUACACGGUCAGAGUCAAGAUGUAACAGUGCCGUUACAAGCCAAUCGACGUCUCAAUCGAAGCAGGAAACCGAGCAUCUCGGAGCUUGAGAGGGAAUUCUUGUCAUAGCACUGGCUUAUUUAAGAUCGCGUCGCUCUUAUACAUCUAAUUAGGAUCUGAAGCAUCAAAUUUAUGCUUCAUCUAUUUAUCGAGAUCUCUAAUGAAUCGAUCUCUUUAUACAAUCCUUGGUUAUAUCGCGGUUAUGAUCGUAAAUUUCAAUCUUAUAAUCCGCGAUCCGAUUGACCAGCGGAUAAAAAGUGAUAGAAACGAAUUGCACGUUGUUGAAGCACUGCCUCCCGCGGACGAUUUUCAUCGGUAUAUAAAUCUGGGAAUUAACAUUCCAUAUAACAUACGUACAAUCCAGCGAAAUUCGUAACAUAAUAGAAGAUUAGAUGAUUUUUAAUUUGAUAACGUAAUGGUAUUUAAUAUACAUGUCGCGUGUAAAAAAUAUGCACCACGAGUGAAUAUUUCAUACAUUCAAAAUGUAAAUUCUAUUAGUCUGAGCAUUUUUUUGCAAAAUACUGCAGAGAAAUAUAUUAUCAAUUCCAUUUGUUAACAAUUGAUUCCUUGGAAUUGAUUUACUCUCCGGUGAUCAACUUGCAAAGAAUUCCACAAUUAAUAGUUUAUAUGAUUGAUACAAUAGCAGAA